AUGAUAAAGGCAACGAAGCAAACAAUGUUUCUAGCUAUAUUGACAGUAUGGUGGGAAGCCCAGGGUCAGUUCUCUCCACCCUUCCACAUGAUCAUAGCAAAGGAUGGAUCAGGAGAUUUCACCACCAUCAGUGAAGGAAUAUCGUCUGCUCCGAGCUUCAGUUCCAUUCGGUUCAAUAUAAAACUAUCGGCAGGCAUUUACGCUGAGAACAUUGUCAUUAACAAGGAGAAGACCAAUCUGACAAUUAUUGGGGAGGGGAUGGAAAGAACUAUUAUCACAGGCUGCAGAAGUAAAGAUGAUGGCAUAAAAACAUUCGAGACUGCAACCGUGGGUAAACACAUCAAACCAUGUAAGAUGUAUAUAUGGCUGACGAUAUUUAAAUAUCAAUAUAUGUCAGAGAUAAAUGGUGAUGGAUUUGUUGCUUCGGGCAUAACUUUCCGGAAUACUGCUGGCCCAGAGAAACAGCAAGCAGUGGCGUUGCUAACUAAAGCCAGCCACUUGGCCUUUUACAAGUGUAGCAUAAUUGCUUUCCAGGAUACUCUUUAUGCCAAAAGAGGAUAUCAAUUUUUCAGAGAGUGCGAGAUUUACGGGACGGUGGAUUUCAUUUUUGGUGAUGCAACGGCCGUGUUCCAGAGUUGCUACAUAUCUGCUCGGAAGCCACUAGCUGGGCAAUCGAACACCGUGACAGCCCAAGGACGAGAAGUUUCCGCUGGACAAGGAGGUUUCGUGAUCCAUAACUGCAUAAUUACUGCAACUUCAGAACUGAUCGCAUCCGAGUAUCCUGUAAAAACCUACUUAGGCAGGCCCUGGAGAGAUUUUGCUAGAACUGUUGUCAUGCAGAGUUACCUGGACAACAGUAUCGAUCCUCAAGGCUGGCUGGAGUUUGACAGCAGAAGCUCGGACUUGGAUUUAUACUAUGCAGAAUAUGAUAACAGAGGUCCUGGUUCAGCAACAAAUGAUAGAGUGAAGUGGAAAGGAUUCAGGGUCAUCGACUCCAUAGAAGCUUAUCAAUUUACAGUCAGGGAAUUUAUCCAUGGUGACAUGUGGAUUCCAGCAACAGGAGUUCCGUAUACUCCAGAUUUCAUAGACUGGUCUGGUUCUCUCAGGCGUAGCUUUUCGAGUUGUAAGGUAUUUGUUCUCCUUGUCAGCAUACUGACAACACUACCAAUUUAG